UCUGCACAUGCGGCUGGGUGGCAGCCAGCGGCCUCGGACAGACCCACUGGCGUCUCUCUGCUGAGUGACCGUAAGCUUGGCGUCUGGCCCUCUGCCUGCCUCUCCCUGAGUGUGACUGACAGCCACGCAGCUGUGUCUGUCUGUCUGCGGCCCGUGCAUCCCUGCUGCGGCCGCCUGGUACCUGCCUUGCUGUCCCCUUCCUCUGUCUGCUGCUCUGUGGGACACCUGCCUGGAGGCCCAGCUGCCCAUCAUCGGAGUGACAGGUCUUAUGACAGCCUGAUUGGUGACUCGGGCUGGGUGUGGAUUCUCACCCCAGGCCUCUGCCUGCUUUCUCAGACCCUCAUCUGUCACCCCCACGCUGAACCCAGCUGCCACCCCCAGAAGCCCAUCAGAUUGCCCCCAGCACACGGAAUGGAUUUCUGAGAAAGAAGCCGAAACAGAAGAUGAGGCAAUGAGGCUGCGAGAGGUAGAGUGAUUUUCCCUCGGUGACUCAACUGGGACAUAGCAGGUCGGGCAGUCAAGCCAGGUGACCCCAUGAGCUGUUGCUGCAUCUUUCUCAUGAAGCACGGGGAAUGGGUCAGAUGGCCCGUGGGAGUCAGCAUGCUGCGUGGCUGGGCCGCCCCCUUGCUCCUGCUGCUGCUCCAGGGAGGCAAGACCAGUAUGAAGAGCUGAAGGAUGAGGCCACCUCCUGCAGCCUCCACAGGUCGGCCCACAAUGCCACGCACGCCACCUACACCUGCCACAUGGAUGUAUUCCACUUCAUGGCCGACGACAUUUUCAGUGUUAACAUCACAGACCAGUCUGGCAACUACUCCCAGGAGUGUGGCAGCUUUCUCCUGGCUGAGAGCAUCAAGCCGGCUCCCCCUUUCAACGUGACCGUGACCUUCUCAGGACAGUAUAAUAUCUCCUGGCGCUCAGAUUACGAAGACCCUGCCUUCUACAUGCUGAAGGGCAAGCUUCAGUAUGAGCUGCAGUACAGGAACCGGGGAGACCCCUGGGCUGUGAGUCCAAGGAGAAAGCUGAUCUCAGUGGACUCAAGAAGUGUCUCCCUCCUCCCCCUGGAGUUCCGCAAAGACUCGAGCUAUGAGCUGCAGGUGCGGGCAGGGCCCAUGCCUGGCUCCUCCUACCAGGGGACCUGGAGUGAGUGGAGUGACCCGGUCAUCUUUCAGACCCAGUCAGAGGAGUUAAAGGAAGGCUGGAACCCUCACCUGCUGCUUCUCCUCCUGCUUGUCAUAGUCAUUCCUGCCUUCUGGAGCCUGAAGACCCACCCAUUGUGGAGGCUAUGGAAGAAGAUAUGGGCCGUCCCCAGCCCUGAGCGGUUCUUCGUGCCCCUGUACAAGGGCUGCAGCGGAGACUUCAAGAAAUGGGUGGGUGCACCCUUCACUGGCUCCAGCCUGGAGCUGGGACCCUGGAGCCCAGAGAUGCCCUCCACCCUGGAGGUGUACAGCUGCCACCCACCACAGAGCCCGGCCAAGAGGCUGCAGCUCACGGAGCUACAAGAACCAGCAGAGCUGGUGGAGUCUGAUGGUGUGACCAAGCCCAGCUUCUGGCCGACGGCCCAGAACUCGGGGGGCUCAGCUUACAGUGAGGAGAGGGACCGGCCGUAUGGCCUGGUGUCCAUUGACACAGUGACUGUGCUAGAUGCAGAGGGGCCAUGCACCUGGCCCUGCAGCUGUGAGGAUGACGGCUACCCAGCCCUGGACCUGGACGCUGGCCUGGAGCCCAGCCCAGGCCUAGAGGACCCACUCUUGGGUGCAGGGACCACAGUCCUCUCCUGUGGCUGUGUCUCAGCUGGCAGCCCUGGGCUAGGAGGGCCCCUGGGAAGCCUCUUGGACAGACUAAAGCCACCCCUUGCAGAUGGGGAGGACUGGGCUGGGGGACUGCCCUGGGGUGGCCGGUCGCCUGGAGGAGUCUCAGAGAGUGAGGCGGGCUCACCCCCGGCCGGCCUGGAUAUGGACACGUUUGACAGUGGCUUCGUGGGCUCUGACUGCAGCAGCCCUGUGGAGUGUGACUUCACCAGCCCCGGGGACGAAGGACCGCCCCGAAGCUACCUCCGCCAGUGGGUGGUCAUUCCUCCGCCACUUUCGAGCCCUGGACCCCAGGCCAGCUAGUGAGGCUGACUGGAUGUCCAGAGCUGGCCAGGCCACUGGGCCCUGAGCCAGAGACAAGGUCACCGGGGCUGUGAUGUGAAGACACCUGCAGCCUUUGGUCUCCUGGAUGGGCCUUUGAGCCUGAUGUUUACAGUGUCUGUGUGUGUGCAUGUGUGCAUAUGCCUGUGUGUGUGUGCAUAUGCGCGUGUGUGUGUGCAUGUGUGUGUGUGUGCAUAUGCAUGUGUGUGUGUGCAUAUGUGUGUGUGUGUGCAUAUGCCUGUGUGUGUGUGUGUGUGUGUGUGUGUCUUAGGUGCGCAGUGGCAUGUCCACGUGUGUGUGUGAUUGCACGUGCCUGUGGGCCUGGGAUAAUGCCCAUGGUACUCCAUGCAUUCACCUGCCCUGUACAUGUCUGGACCCACGGAGCUCACCCAUGGGUACAAGUGUGCACAGCAAACGUGUUUGUGGUCAACAGAUGACAACAGCCAUCCUCCCUUCUGAAGUCUUGUGUCGCAAGCUGGUCCACAGCACCUCUGGGGCUUUGUGGGAUCAGGGCAUUGCCUGUGACUGAGGCCGAGCCCAGCCCUCCAGCGUCUGCCUCCAGGAGCUGCAAGAAGUCCAUAUUGUUCCUAUCACCUGCCAACAGGAAGCAAAAGGGGAUGGAGUGAGCCCAUGGUGACCCCGGGAAUGGCAAUAUUUUGGGCGGCCCAUGGACGAAGGUCUGAAUCCCGACUCUGAUACCUUCUGGCUGUGCUACCUGAGCCAAGUCGCCUCCCCUCUCUGGGCUAGAGUUUCCUUAUCUGGACAAUGGGGAAGGCAUGACACACCUGGGGGAAAUUGGUGAUGUCACCCGUGUAUGGUAAGCAGCCCAGAGCAGACCCUCAAUAAACGUCAGCUUCCUUCCUUCUGUGGCCAGAGCCGAGGCGGGCGCGGGUGAGAACAUCAAUCGUCAGCGACAGCCUGGGCACCUGCGGGGCCGUCCCAUCUGCAGAGGGCCACUCGGGGGGGGUUUCCAGGCUUAAAAUCAGUCUGUUUCGUCUCUUGGAAACAGCUCCCCACCAACCAAGAUUUCCUUUUCUAACUUCUGCUACUAAGUUUUUAAAAAUUCCCUUUAUGCACCCAAGAGAUAUUUAUUAAACACCAAUUACGUAGCAGGCCAUGGCUCAUGUGACGCUCCCCCCGUGGCACUCAUGGAGGGGGGUGCAGGUUGGAACUAUGCAGUGUGCUCCAGCCACACGUCCUGCUGGGCCCCCUACCCUGCCCCAAUUCAAUCUUGCCAAUAAAUCCUAUCUUAUUUGUUCAUCCUGGAGAAUUGAAGGGAGGUCAAGUUGUUUGUCAAUGAUUUGUCAGAGAACCUGUUGAAAUGUGAAUUAAGAAGCUAAGAAAAUAUUUCUUAGCAACAUUUUCUUUUUCCUUUUUUUUAAAUUUCUUUUGAGACAAAGUUUCACUCUUGUUGCCCAGGCUGGAAUGCAGUGGUGCGAUCUCGGCUCUCUGCAACCUCUGUCUCCCGGGUUCAAGCGAUUUCUUGCGUCAGCCCCCGAGUAGCUGGAAUUACAGGCACACACCACCACGCCUGGCUAAUUUUUGUAUUUUUAUUAGAGCUGGGGCCACCCUGGCCCGGCCCCGUCUUCCUCCCCAAAGGUCAGACUGCAGGCUGCAGGGCUGUGCUGGAGGAGCCAGCUCUGGCUCACCCAUGCUUUUGGAACAGGGUUGGGUUGGAAGUCAGCAGAGGUCGGUCCUGCUGAAGGCUCCUUCGUGACUCAUCUGUGAAGUGAGGUGGUUGGGAGAGGUAGCUGAGAGAAUGCAUGAGAGUCCUCGGUGCCUGGCAGGAGGCUGGAAGGUUCUAGAACACUGAUGGUUAUAAGAGUGGGACUGUGAGCCUGGGAUCGGGGGGUGUGAGACUUGGAUGGGAGCACAAGAGUGGAAGCACAGCUUCUGCACGGAGGGGCGGCAGCCCUCAACACCCCGUGCACCUGCACCCUAGGGACUCUUGGGUCCAGAUGUGCUGUGGUUUUCACACCUUCUUGGGGGCAACAGGUUCCAGGAGCCACCUGUGGGUGCCACCUGAGCCACAGGCUCCCAGGAAAGCAGCGCAGCUCUCCUGCACCCAGAGCUUGCUGGGUGGGGGAGGGGAACACAGAUGGUUGGGGAAGGCCUGAGGCCAGACUAGGGGGCUCUGGACUGGGGCAGAUGAGGCUCCUCAGAAUCCCACCUUUGAAGGGAACUCAGCUUAUAAACACAGAGGAGCAAAGUUGGAGGGCCGGGCGCAGUGGCUCACGCCUGUGAUCUCAGCACUUUGGGAGGCCAAGGCAGGUGGAUCACUUGAGGCCAGGAGUUCAAGACCAGCCUUGGCAACAUAGCAAGGCCCCGUCUCUACAAAAAUUAUUAUUUUUUUUAAAAAAUUAGCCAGGCGUGGUGGUGCUUGCCUGUAGUCCCAGCUACUUGGGAGGCUAAGGUGGGAGGAUCGCUGGAGCCUAGGAGUUUGAGGCUGCAGUGAGCUGUGAUUACACAGUUGCACUCCAGCCUGGGUCACAGAUCAAGACCCUGUCUCUUAAAAAUAAAAGUUGGAGACAAGAGCUGGCUCACCUGAAAGGACGGAUUAGUAGGUAGGAGGGUGGAUGGAGGAUGGAUGGAUGUGUGGGUGGAUAGGAAGAUGGUAUUAAGUUGGUGCAAAAGUCUUUGCUAUUACUCUUAAUGGCUUUAAUAAAAAGCUUGAAGGAAGAAUGGUUGUUUGGAUAGACAGAAAUAAAUGCAUACUGGAAACAAAGAUAAAGAUAAAACACAAGUCAUACCAGGCCAGCAACUCUUGUCUAUUUUGUUCACUGCCUUUAGUCCCAGCCUGGCACGUAGUAGGCACUCAAUAAAGCCUGAUUUGUAGCAUUUGCUUAUUUCCAUGGUGUAAUUUCAUGCUCCUGAUUUGAGUCUAAACAGAGUUGGGAAGAGAUAUGCACAAUCUGCCCUCUUGACUGGUGUGAGUGAGUCCCAGCUCACCGAUGGUAGCCCAGAGAG